UGACGUCAUGCACAUCAUAUGAUGAAGUUCUGAAGAAGCCAAACAUCCCGUCCGAGUUUCCUGACCACAGUUCCUGAUCGGAUUAGUCGGCUCUGACGAUCGAUACCGGAGUCCGGAUCACAGGGAGAAGCAGGAGAGGCUGUUUGUGGCUGCGGGAUGGAAGAAGUGAGGCUGGCGGCUUUGCUCGUGUUUCUGCUGCAGGCGAGUGCGGGGCGCUCUCAGCUCCCACGGAUUGAUCCGCUGGUUUAUGAUGAGCAGCUGCUGUGGGUGGGCGGAGGAGCAGGUGAAGUGAACACGUACAGGAUCCCUUUGCUGACGUUUACGUCACGUGGAAAUCUGCUGGCCUUUGCUGAGGCCAGGAAGCAUUCAUCAGGUGACAUCGGGGCUAAAUUCAUUGCAGUGAGACGUUCUACAGAUAAAGGAGCCACGUGGUCUCCCACGUCCUUCGUAGUGGACGACGGCUCUCUGGUGGAUGGUUUGAACCUGGGCUCGGUCGUGGUGGAUGAGCAGACAGGCUCUGUGAUGCUGAUCUACUCUCUGUGCUUCCACCUUUAUCAGUGCAGCCCCUCCAGCACCAUGCUGGUGGAGAGCCUGGAUGAUGGUGUGACUUGGAGCCCUCCUCGCAACCUCUCCGUCCAGCUCGGGGUCAAGAGCUUCGCCCCUGGACCUGGCUUUGGCAUUCAGAAACGCUAUAAUCCAGCAGCCGGCCGUCUGGUGGUGUGUGGUCAUGGCACUAUUGAGGGUGAUGGUGUUUUCUGCAUCCUGAGCGAUGAUCAUGGGAGAACGUGGAGAAACGGAGCCGCGCUGAAGAGUAUCCCCUACAACCAGCCCAAACAGAACCUGGACUUCAACCCAGACGAGUGUCAGCCGGUGGAACUGCAGGACGGAAGCAUAGUCAUUAACGUGCGAAACCAGAACAACUACCACUGCCGUUGCCGGAUAGUGGUGCGGAGUCUGGACGGCGGGGAGACGCUGCCUGUGGAAGAGCUGAUGUUUGACCACACGCUGGUGGACCCUGUUGUGGCGGCUGGAGCUCUACAGAAAGAUGGAGUGCUGUACUUCAGCAACCCAGCCAACUCCUACCAUAGGAUCAAUAUGACUCUCCGGUGGUCUCUAACAGAUGGUAGGUCGUGGGUAAAUGAGGCACUACAGAUUUGGCAGGGGCCGAGCGGUUACUCUUCGAUGACGGCGCUUGUCGGCAACUCUGUUGAAGAUAAGAAGUAUGUCUUCAUCAUCUACGAGAAGGGCCAUAAGAACUCUGUUGAGACUGUCUCUGUCGCCAAGAUACACCUGUAUGGUGGCAGGUAAAACGAACGCGGACAGUGCGAUGGAAAGAAAAAGGGAAAUGGAAAUGGUCGCCUCAUUUAUCAAAUUUACAUAAAUGUCUCAUUAAAUACUGGACCACCUGGAAGUCAUGGUUUGCACUUGUGGCAGAUUGAGACAACAUACAAUCACAUACAAAAAUAUUGAACACCCUCGGUCAGAUUACGUUUUGUUGAUUUUCUAAGUGAAAAUAAGUUAACACAUCCUCCACAGGGAGCACAAUUAAAAAUGACUUUUUUUCUGUGAAUUUUAGUUUCACAAU